CUGGAGUCAGAAACAAUUCCAAGUAAGCAAUGGCGGAAGAAAAUAACAAAAAAAUCCACAGCAAAGCUGAAAAUCCUUUAGGACCCAGAAAUAUUUUCUCAAUCUUACCCAAAGUGGAGCUGAAAUUCCCUUUCUUUAACCGACGACCGGAAAAACCAGAUGUUUCGGUUAAGAAAGAGGAGGAAAUUGAAAUUGCGAAACCAUUAUCUUUAUUUGUGGGAAACCGCCGGAAAAUUCCUCCCCCGUUGGAAUUCGAGGCGGAGGAGCGCCUUGGGAGAACUUCUAAUCCUAUAGUUCUCUGGCAGGUAUAUGCCAUUGGUGGUAUCUUUUUACUGAAAUGGAUUUGGGCAAGAUGGAAAGAAAAGAAGGAGAUGGGAUCCAAGAAGGAAUCACCUGAUGAAGACGGACAGGCUGUCGAUGACUCUCAAUAUGUAUGAUUCUCGAAUUUUGUAUAA